AUGACAACAAUCACAACUUCAUCAACCUCAUCACAAUUACAACAACAACCAACAAUGGGAAUUCAACCAAAUGAUCCUAAAAAACUUGUUGAUUAUUUAAUGAGUGAUUUUCGUUCACUGUCUAUGGAUGCAAAGAAGAAACAUAAUCAUGUAAAAGAGGCGGCGGAGUCUGGUUUAGUUAAAAUCCGUAAUAUUAGCGCUGCAUGUGAAUCGCAGCAGGAUUCUGAUUUAAUUCAAGCAUUGCGAAUUUCCUGUACAGAAUUAUUGCAUCCAUUUCUUUUGGGGUGUUCAAGUAAAAAUCCACGGCUUGUUCAAAUUUCGCUACAAGCUAUUCAAAGGUUAAUUCAUAACAGAGUUAUUGAGGCAAAUGUAGUGCCGUCUAUUGUUAAUGAACUCUGGAUUUUAACUGAGGCUGAAUGCGAAGAAUUGAAAGUUAUUCAAACAAUAACUCCAUUUGUUGGCACAGAACUGUUUGUCAAUAAUUGGGCAUUGGCCAAAUGCAUUGUGCUUACCUUUCGACUAAAUGCCUCAAAAGAUUCAUUGGUCAUUAAUGCUGCCUCGGCAGCCGUUCGCCAACUUUUUAGUUGUGUUUUUGAAAGAGUUAUUAAAGAGGAUGAAACUCCUGAAAUUCAGCAACAACAACAAACACCUCCUAAUCAACAACAACAAACACUAGCACCCCCAUCUCUUAGGCCAGCUGCAGCUGAUGCUUUUCUUUUAUUGAGAGAUUUGUGUGCUUUAAUAAGACGAGAACAACCCAAUUGGCUUAUUGGAUUGCAAAGAAUUGCGCCUAUAUUAGGCUUGGAGUUGUUAGAAUCUGUGAUAAAGAAUUAUCCAAGCAUCUUUUUAAAACACCAAGAAUUUGCUGAAUUACUUAAAACACAAAUAAGUGCACAAAUAGCUGCGAAAAUGUUACAUGUUGGAGAGAGAGAAUUUGCAAUGUUGGCUGUUGCGGCAGCAAAUGCGACACAAGCUAAUAAUUUGGAUAAUCAAAACAAACCUUUGCCUGUCUCUGCAGCAUUAUUAAAUCAACAAUUACAACAACAAUCUUCACAUUUAACUUCACAAAUGGCUAAAUCUGCAGCUUCUUCCUCUUCUACGGGUCGAGAUUUUCCAAUUGUUAUUAGAUCAUUACGUAUUUCCUUGGCAUUGGUUACAAAUUAUCAUUCUUUAUUGGGUGCCCAAUCUGAAGCAAUCAUUCACUUUCUAAUAGAACUUCUAGCACAACAUCCAAGUACUUCUUGGGAGGCAGCUGUAGCAAUUGAAGUUUUACAUAAAAUGUUGUCACAGCCAAAAUUGCUUAGUUGGUUAUGUACUAGACCAGAUGGAUCCAAAUUUUUGGAAGCAAUUGUAUUUUCUCGUUUGUUCGCUUUUAUCAAAAAAUGUUUAGAUGAAGCUGCAAUUGACGGUUCUACGAUGAGAGAUGGAGAAAAUAAUGUCCAACCUGGUUUUGUCUAUAAAGGUGUAUUUCUUCCACUCGGUGAUAGUCAUCCUUCGUCAAAACGUUUAAUUCUUCUAGACUGGUUGGAUAAACACAAUGCAGAAAAAAUACCAGAAGCUUAUUGCCUUUCAUUAACCUAUGCAACCUUUUGUGUUGCUUCACGUUCUUUACAUUCAGCAAUUGAAGAAUAUUUUCAAAAUCAUCAAAAAGAUUCUUUUGAAUAUUCUGAAUUCGCAAAAGAAUUGUAUAAUUCUUCAUAUCAUUUCUUGGUUGCUGGAUUAUCUACCUUACUUGACUGCAGUGUGGAUGAUUCACUUAACGAACAACUUCUUAAUUGUAUUUGCUCGUUAGGAAUAUUAGCAUUACGGCUACAACUUCCUAAACCUAGACGUGAAGUAUUAAAAGCUAUUUGCAGAGCUACUCUUCCUUUUCAAUAUUACAAUAAAUUUAUUGACUCUAUUAAAGCUUCGACUACUGCAAAUGGAACAUUAGUUGGAGAUAAUAUUUCUUCAUCUACUGCAACUGAUGAUUCUACAACUUUUGAUCUUCAAAAAGGAAUAGAGCAUAAUAUUGUGGCAAUGGGAACUGUUUGUCCAAGUCCUUAUUUGCCUCCACAGCUUUUCAACACUUCAGUAAUGUUAACUUCCAAGAAUUUGCAAGUACUUAGGAUACUUGUCAAUUUAACCAUUAAUAAUGGUUCGCAAUUAUCUGAUUGUUGGGAAAUGGUUUUGACUACUUUACAGCAUUUUGUUUGGAUAAUUGGCCUACGACCUUCUCCAACUGGCAGUUUUCGAACUGGGAUGAAUGAACUAUCUAAUGUUACACCAGUAUCAGAAGCAAAUUCUAAUACUUUAUCAAGUACAACAACUACAAAUGCUAGUGCUGUUUCAGGCGUUUUGUGUUCUAAUACAGUAAUUCUGACAAAUAUGGCUAGCAGUGAAUUACCUGAUAUUAAUCAACAACUUGGGUCUCUCUUUGAAUCAACCAGUAAAUUGGAUGAAGUUUCUCUUCAUCAUGUAAUUGCUGCGCUUUGCAAACUUUCAAAUGAAACUAUGACUGUAGCCCAACAUAGUUUGAGGGAGACUUCUUUCUUCUCUUUUGCUAAAUUACAGCAAGCAGCUUUAGUUAAUCUUCCGCGCUUACAUGUGUUUUGGCGUCCCGUUACUGCUCAUCUUUUGGAGUUAUGUUCUCAUUCAAAUAAUAAUAUACGAGAAUGGGGAUCCAUAUCUUUGACAAAACUUGUUGAGGAAGGAAUGAAGCAAGUAGUUGGUGGAGUAAAUUCCGGGGGAGAUGAGGAGAUUACAAAGAAAGAGCAAUUGAUUCUUAGCCCUCUAUGUUCAAUGAAUGAAAUUAGCUUUUCUGAUGUAAGAGCUAAACAGUUGGAUUGCCUUAUGAAAAUUCUACAGGCAGACAACCGAACCUUAGAAACACCUCUUUGGCCUUUUAUUGUACAAAUUGUUCGUUCUAUUGUUGCAACCGAUACACAAAUAGUUGAUCCUCAAUUAAUUGAUCAAGGCUUUCGUGCUCUUUCACUUAUGGUCAAAGAAUUUUUAUCUGUUUUACCUUUUGAAUGUGUGGAAAUGCUUGUUGAGACAAAUGCACUCUAUGGGCAACAACAAUUACAUUUGAAUUGGGACAUUUCUGAUUUUGUCCGUCGCGAGACAAAUCAUGGGAAGAUUGCAGCGGAAGUGGAUCAACAACAAAUUUGGCUUUUAAUCUAUCAAGCUUUGGGUAAUUUGUGUUCUGAUCCUCGGCCACCAGUACGUAAAAGUGCCUGUGAUACAUUGUUGCAAACAGUUGCUGCCCACGGACAAGCACUGAAUAUUAAAUGUUGGGAACAAAUGUUGACAGAAAUUCUUUUCCCAAUGCUUUGUCGUGUCCACCAAUGUGCACAGACAGCAUCUACACAACGCUCUAACACAACUAAUAGUCUUGGUGCCCCAAAUUUAAUGAUACAUCAUUCACGCGAUACUGAGUCCAAGCAAUGGGCUGAGACGAGUGUUAAAACACUUGGUGGUGUUGUAAAGAUUUUCAAUGCACAUAGACCUUCAUUGCUUCAAUUAGAAAAUUUCUCUGAUUGUUGGAGCCAAUUAUUAAGGCAUAUUGUUUUAUCAGCACGUACAGAUAGUGCAGAAAUAAGUCUUUCAGCUGUGAAGAAUUUUCAGGAGCUUCUUUUUGGAAGGCAACAACAAACAAAUUCUGAAAGUUCUUCAAUACUCCAAAGUGGAAAUAAAUCACCCUCAACUCCUGGAUCUGGAAGUAUAAAAUCUAAACUACAACAACAUUCAUUGUUAGUUUUUCUACGAAUUUUUAUUGCUUCAAAACUUUCUGCCAAACACAUAUUCUUAUUAUUUUUCCCGUUUAGAAUUGAUUCUCUCGAUCAUUCAUUGUCUCCUUCACUGCCCGAACCUCUUUGGAUGAGUGCUUGGAGUAAUUGGCUUCAAAUUGCGAGAUCAAUUCUAGCGCCUGAUUUUUGUGAAACAACUGAUGAUGCUUUCCUUUCUUCUACUUGUGAUGUUGAUAGUGGAUAUUCAAAAUCUGUUGUUUUGCCAACAACAAGAAAGUCUUAUGUGCCUAGUCUCUAUCAUUUGAGUACUUUACUCGAAACAUUUAUCUGGCUUUUCCAUCGUGUUCGACAACAAGUCCCUGUUGAUGAUAUUCGCCUCCAAUGUCUUGGACAAAUUUUUAUUGAUUUAGCAUCAGUGCCUAUAUCUUCUGAUCAGAUUCCAAUUUCUACAUUAUUUGCUAAUUCAAAAAAUGGUUCAGAACAACAAUUACCCUUAAAUAUGGCACAAGAAUAUCUUUUUAGUUGUUCUCGUGCUAUACUUCAAGAACAAAUAGAUACAAAAAAUGUCAAUUCUGGACUCCGUGCUGCUUUGCCUGAUAUGCUGAGAUUGUAA